AUCCUAUGUGAAUUCUACAGGCUCAAUAUUCUCAAACUGGCUUCACACUAUCAAUAUAUUGAUCAAUAUUUAAUUUAUUGACAAUAUUUCUCUUCCGCUUAAAUCUUCAUGCAGAAGCGUUAUCUCCAGAAGAAACCUAUUAUUUAUUUUACAAAAUUGAAUUAAAUAUAUAGGAUGGAUUUCGAGAAAAUUUGCCGCCUUUGCUGCGAAAGCGACGACCGGUUAUGCUCGAUUUAUGGAGCAUAUGGUGCAUAUUCCUUGGAGCAACUAUUUAUCGAUAUACUGCGACUUGAGAUCUCAGCCGAUGAUGGUUUACCGCAAAAACUCUGUGAAACGUGUCUAUCUACAUUGACAAAAAUUCAUAAAACCAUCGAGACCUUUCGAGAAAACGAUCGUAUGCUUAGGUUGCAGCAAUCCGGAGGAUUGACACAGGUCGACAUUAAAGAGGAAGUUUACGAUGAUGAAGAGAAACAAGCUCCCACCCAUGAACUGCAAAUUGACAUCAUUCAAGGGGAAAACAUUUCGAUAAACCCGGUAGAUUUGUAUGACCAGGAAAUUGAACAAGAAGAACCAGACGAUGACAAGCCCGAUGAAGAAUGGAUGCAGUUCGAAUCCGAAAUUCAGUCAGAUGCUACACUCGAAGAAGAAAAACCUCAACCAAGGCGUCGCCGUGGAAAACAAACAAAAAAGAGCGAUGUCGAUACUCAACAGAUUCCAGGAAGUAAACGACGCAGGAUUCGUUUUAAAGAUCCGAAGUACCCGCGCUUGAAUGACUUCAAAUGCUAUAUUUGUAAAAGUGGCACACUGGGUACGCCUGGGGCUUUACUAGCUCAUCUCGAUUCUCACAUGAACGAAGUGCCUUACACAUGCACUGAAUGCGUCUCGGAAACUGUUGUUAUAAGAAAACUUACGACGCUGAAUAUUCAUAAACGAAUGCACGAAAACCCGUACAAAUGUUCCCACUGUGACAGGCGAUAUAACACAAAGGGGGCCGUCGUUAAGCAUGUACAGACGUUUCAUCUCGGCGAAAAUGCUCCAUGUCCAUCAACCUGUGAGAUGUGCGGUAAGGUUUGCUCUUCGAAAACAUCUCUGAUUCAUCACCUAAGAUUACAUACACACGGAGCUACUUGCGAAUUUUGUGGAAAAGUUUUUAUUGGAAAGCACAAACUUCGUCGACACAUCGAAAGGAAGCAUGAGAAGCUUAAGAAGUAUGAAUGCCAUUUGUGCCAGAAAAAGCUAUGCUCCCUAGAGUCUGUCCAGAUUCAUAUUGAAACGGUACAUUCGACUAAAGAAGUGAAAUGUGAAUAUUGUCAUAAAAGUUAUCCUUCGGAGAUUUCCCUCCGUUACCACCUGAAGAAACAUGAGCAAAAUCCGAAUGUCCAAUUCUCGUGUGAUUGGAAGGAAUACUAUACUUUUGUAGAAGCUGAAGAUGGUUCCAAAAAGUUGAAGAAAUGCAAUUUAUGUGGACUUAUAGUCAACGCUAUUGGGUAUCAUAUGAGUACGGUGCAUUUUCCGCAAGAAUAUCGCUGCGAUUUGUGCGACGCGGUUUUUAAACGUAAAUCGCAGUUAAAAAAUCACGUUCUGGAACAUAAACACGGCAGGAUUCACCUAUGUCCGAUCUGUGGCAAAGAUUUUUCCGAAAGAAGAAAUUUAAUUUCCCAUCUGAGAACGAAGAAACACCGCGAUCAUCCGUUAGCCAAAUCUUUUGAAUGGAUGAGCAAAAAACGUGCCUCCAAGAGUAACACUCAACUGAAAAGCAAAUUUGAUUCGGAAAGUGAACAAUCGAAUAAAACGAAGGCAACAUGUGGCGAUUAAGAAGGCAUUUAAAUAUUGAUAUUG